CCGCCGCCGCCAUGGCCAGGCCGCUGGUGCCCAGCUCGCAGAAGGCGCUGCUGCUCGAGCUUAAGGGGCUACAGGAGGAGCCUGUCGAGGGCUUCCGGGUGACAUUGGUGGACGAAGGCGACCUAUACAACUGGGAGGUGGCCAUCUUCGGGCCCCCCAAUACCUACUACGAGGGUGGAUACUUCAAGGCACGCCUCAAGUUCCCCAUUGACUAUCCUUACUCCCCACCGGCCUUUCGGUUCCUGACCAAGAUGUGGCACCCUAACAUCUAUGAGACAGGGGACGUGUGCAUCUCCAUUCUCCACCCCCCAGUCGACGAUCCCCAGAGUGGGGAACUACCCUCCGAACGGUGGAAUCCCACCCAGAAUGUCAGGACCAUCCUCCUGAGCGUGAUCUCUCUCCUCAAUGAGCCCAACACCUUCUCGCCAGCCAACGUGGAUGCCUCGGUGAUGUACAGGAAGUGGAAAGAGAGCAAAGGGAAGGACCGGGAGUACACAGACAUCAUCCGGAAGCAGGUCCUGGGGACCAAGGUGGAUGCAGAGCGUGAUGGUGUGAAGGUGCCCACCACCCUGGCCGAGUACUGCGUGAAGACCAAGGCACCUGCGCCUGACGAGGGCUCGGACCUCUUAUACGACUACUACUGCGAGGAUGGAGACGGGGAGGAAGCUGACAGCUGCUUUGGGGACGAUGAAGACGACUCUGGCAACGAGGGGUCCUGACAGCGCAUGCCCCGCCAAAAUAAACUUAACAGAGUUUUACCUCACUAGGACUGGACCGAAUGGGCUUCUUAGGUGGCGGACUCUACCUCAUGGGAGGUUUUGUGUUGGUUCCCCAUACCCUUUAAUUGUUUAUUUUAGGUCUCUUUUUUUCCUUUCCUGUAUUUGUUCUGGGUUUUCCUCUGCUUCAGAUAAGAGGGGCUGCUCCACUGUCCACACUGCUCGGGGACCCAGGGCCCAGGACAGGCUGUGGCUGCCAUCUCCCCCUUGAGAAGGCAGCAUGGCCCUGACUGCUGCUCGGAUGCCUUGACUUUGGGGACUGGCCACAGCCCAGAGGAGCCACAUGAAGCUACAGAUGGGAAUGUGUAGGGGCCAGCUCCCUGCUGUUCCAGAUGUGGAGGCCUGAGGGCCUGAAGGCUGGGCAGCUCCAUGGCCUGGAGCCAGAGACUUGGUGUGUUUCCCAGCUUGUAAGUGGACGGAUUAGCUAUGGCCACCUCUUCUCUCUGCUUUGGUUUGUUUGAAAUCCAAAUAAAACUGCUUUAUGAGAA